AUGGCACCUUCAGCGAUCGACAAAGCAGUGCACGACCGCAGCAGCAUCAGCGACACCCUCGAUUUCCUUGAAGUUGAAGUCACCAACCAUGCAACCACACCCCUUGAUGAAGCCGGAAUCAAUCAUCUCCUUGUAAUGGCAAAAACCAGUCAAUUAGAAGUGAUGGAUAUUCAUAAAAAGAUUCAAGCAACAGCUCCUGCCGAUAUGACUCCCCACGUUACGGAAUACCAACGUCUUCUUCGCAAGGCGUGUCGUAUCGUCACAACGAUGACCGGUUUCAAGCUGAAGAUUCCUGGCACCCCCACCGUCUCGACAUCCACAACCAACAGCGAAAUCCGACUUCCUAUACUGGAGCUACCCACGUUCGACGGUAAUCUCCACGAAUGGGUGUCAUUCCGUGACAUGUUUGUAACUGCAGUCCACGACAACACCAAGUUAAGUAAAUCCCAAAAAUUCACUUACCUCAAAAGCCAAUUAAAGGGUGAAGCAGCCCGACAACUCCAAAGUAUGAUAAUCACUGACGCCAAUUACGACAUCGCAUGGAGCCAGCUAUCCGACCGCUACCAGAAUGACCGUGAGCUCCUUUUUGCAAUCAUGCGAAAGUUUACAAAUCAACCAAUUGUUCAGUCCCAAUCAGCAACAGCAAUUCGUCAACUUGUGGACGUAUCAAGAGAAUGCAUCCGAUCCCUUCAAGUCCUCAAACUACCUACAGACCAAUGGGAUGCUAUUCUACUCUUCCUAAUGAUGAUGAAGAUGGAUUCCUCCUCCAAAGAAUUGUGGGAACAGAGCCUGAACGAUAGCGCUAUCCCAACCCUCAAGUCCUUCUUCGAUUUCCUAGAGCAGCGUGCCCGCGCCCUCGCCGCCAGCGGAACCAGCACGACCCCAAAGAAUGCAAGCAAAUCCAACAACAAUUAUCAUGGCGACAAGAGCCGAACCCCUCGAAGUCUUGUCCAUGUCACCGCGACGAAGUCGUCCAAUUCCUGCAAAUGUUGCGAUGAGCCGUCUCAUCCCAUCUACCGCUGUGAGAAGUUUAUCCAAUUUCCCGUCCAGCAGCGUUGUGAAGUCACCCGUAAGCACAACUUUUGCUAUAAUUGUCUAACUGAGGGACAUCAGGUCUCAAAGUGUACGAGCAACAAGGGUUGUCGUACGUGCGGUGGAAGACAUCAUACCAUGCUACACCGACCCACGCCAUCGGAUCACUCAACCGGCACCAGGCCAAGAGAUGACCCCAAUGGUGGUGCUAUUGUGCACCUCACGUCUACUUCAACAUCCCAAGGCUACAACAAUAAAUCAAAUGUUGAAACACCCCCUCAAUCAAGUCGUUCUUUCUCUUUGGGCAAGGAGUACGACACUCUCCUCGCCACAGCACUGGUGCAAGUCCUUGACAAGCACGGUCACUACCAUACAGUAAGAAUUCUCGCUGAUAACGCCUGCAACACCAACUUCGCGACAGAAUCCUGCGCCCGUCGUAUCGGCCUACCACGUCGACGAUAUCUCACGUCAGCAACUGGACUCGGUGGAGCAGCAGUAGCUACGUCAUCAGGAUUCACUUGGUUCACAAUAACUCCCCAUUUCGACACAUCCGUUACCUUUACUGUCUCAAGGUGCCUCCUUACAAACAAGAUCACUGGUAAACUUCCAACUUCCAAAUUUGACCACACCAGGUGGCCUCAUCUGCAGGGUAUCAAUCUCUCAGACCCUUCGUACCACGAACCUGAAGAAGUGGAUAUGCUCCUGGGCGCAGAAUUUUUCUUCGCCAUCCUAGAAGGUGGAAAGAGGUCCGGUCCUCCCAACAGUCCCGUGGCUCUUGAAACCAGUUUCGGUUGGCUGAUUGGUGGUGGAUCUAGCGAUUCUCCUCUUAUCCAGCCCACGGUGCAUACCACUCUCACGCCAAAGGAAACUACAACACCAAACUCGACACACUUCUCAUCGACCAGUGAUCAAGAAGAUGAACACCUUGACAGCCUCCUUCGCAAGUUUUGGGAAAUGGAGAAUGAACCACCCACACGACUACUUUCCCCUGAAGAAUCGGCCGCAGAAACACACUUCACUUCCACAUACACCCGUGAUGAUGAAGGAAGAUUCAUGGUGAGAAUCCCCUUCAAGACCCCACGACCAAAGCUGGGUCAUUCCCUCAAGAUUGCUGAGAAGCGUCUCAUGUACCUCGAGCGACGACUUCAAGCAAACCCUACCUAUCGCCAAGAGUAUCACUCCUUCAUGAAGGAAUACGAGCAGCUCGGACACAUGACAGAAGUUACCAAUUUGGACUCCGAAUCGGGUAACAAAUGCUAUUUGCCCCAUCACUUUGUGCUGAAACCCUCAAGCACAACAACAAAGUUCAGGGUCGUCUUUGAUGCAUCUGCCAAGACAUCCAACAACAUUUCUCUCAACGACACAAUGUUAGUUGGCCCAACUAUUCAAGAUCCCCUCAUUGACUUACUAAUCAGAUUCAGGCUACACCGAAUAGCAUUUACGGCAGACAUCGCCAAGAUGUACCGUCAGAUUCUUGUCCACCCGGAAGAUGCUGAGAUGCAGCGAAUCUUGUGGAGAGAAGACUCCUCAGGCCCUAUACGCCACUACAAACUCAACACUGUUACCUAUGGUACAGCAUCGGCAUCAUUCCUUGCCACCAGAGCAGUCAAGGAGGUCUCAACCGUAGAAAAGAAGAACUACCCCCAAGCAGCAGAAGCCGCCGCGCGCGACCUAUACAUGGAUGACCUGAUGUCCGGUGAGCCAACUAUCAAACAAGCCCUCAACACCCAAACUCAGAUUAUUGCCCUUGCCAAGUCUGCAUGUCUCAGCCUACGCAAAUGGAGUUCCAACUCGCAAGCUGUGUUGGACUCGCUGCCCCCAGAAAUGAGAGAGACCCAAUCUCUCGACCUCUUCGAUUUGGAUUCAAGCGUGAAAACCCUCGGGAUAAGUUGGAAUCCAAAAUCUGAUCAUUUCUUCUUCAGAUUUAACCCGCAACCAAAUGGUAAUAAGCCUCUCAACAAACGCACCGUCCUGUCCGAAAUAGCUCGCCUCUUCGACCCGAUCGGUUGGCUAGCCCCCAUCAUGAUAAACGCCAAGAUUUUGAUGCAAUCAUUGUGGAAAUUGCAUCAAGGGUGGGACGAUGAACUUCCCCAAGACGUUCAACAACAAUGGAUGGAGUUCAAAGUGGACCUACAACAACUUUGCAAACUAAAAAUCAAGCGUUGUUUCUUCAAAGAUUCAAGCAUAACCUGCCCAAGUCUCAAUAUCCCCUAUCCGCUCACAACCCUCAAGAUUUGCCUUGCUGGAUUCUGCGACGCGUCUGAGAAAGCAUUCGCCGCUGUCGUAUACUUAUGCGCCUACCAAGGGUCAUGCUCAUCAAUUUCUCUCAUCACAUCCAAAACCCGUGUAGCCCCAACCAAAGUCGUCUCUCUUCCUCGCCUCGAAUUGUGUGGAGCAGUUCUAUUAGCCGAACUCAUUCCCAAAGUAAAAACAGCUCUCAAGAUCCCAAUUCACUCCGUCAGCGCCUGGACGGACUCCACAGUCACACUCGCUUGGAUCAAGUCCAAUCCCUCCCGAUGGAAGACCUUCGUGGCCAACAGGGUCACAAGGAUUCAAGACAAGGUUCCCCUCGAGUCAUGGAGUCACGUUCGCGGAGACGACAACCCAGCCGACUGCCCAUCUCGUGGAAUCAAAUGUGACGAACUUAUUCAUCAUCCCCUCUGGUGGAAUGGUCCAUCAUGGCUCAAAUGUGGGAUACCAAAUCCAACCAAGGUCCAAGUCCUCGAAUCUGAAGACGUGUCCAAGGAAGAACGCCAAGUAACUUGUCACAUCACGUUAUCCGAUACCGAUCAAGCAUUGUUAUGUGGGACCUCAUCACUCCGAAAAUUGCAACGAGUCACCGCAUUCGUACUUCGUUUCGUAAGGAAUUGCAGAAAUCCCAAUCUCCACCCGCAAAAGACCAAGUCUCAUCACCCGUUGACCCCAGGUGAACUACAUCAAGCUUUGAAUCACUGGGUCAAAGUCGUUCAGCACCAAGCUUUUUAUGAAGAUCUUCAACAACUGAAGAAAGGACAACCACUCCACAGCAAGAGCAAAAUUCUCUCCCUUUCCCCAUUUCUGGACGAAACUGGUGUUAUCCGUGUUGGAGGUCGUCUCAAAUCCUCAUCACUUUCUCCAGACCAGAAAAAUCCAAUUCUCCUUCCGUAUCAUGGCCAGUUAACCCACCUCAUCAUCCAAGACGCCCAUAUCCGACACUUUCACGCCGGACCUCAACUAAUGAUGGCAGUGAUCCAACGCCAGUUUUGGAUCAUCCGAGCCAGGGACGCUAUUCGGUACUUUACACGAAAGUGCGUGAAUUGUAUUCGACAACGAGCCAGCACCAUGCAGCAAGUGAUGGCUGACCUACCAGCAUUUCGCGUCAAUCAAUCCCGACCCUUUCUCAAAUGUGGUGUGGACUACGCUGGACCCUUCAUGCUCAAGCCCCUACUCAAAGGAAGCAAGAUCACAAUCAAAGCGUAUUUAGCAGUAUUUGUAUGCUGUGUAACUCGUGCCCUCCACCUAGAAGUCGUGAGUGACUUAACUACUGAGGCAUUUCUCGCCGCCCUGAAGAGAUUCAUUGCCCGCAGAGGUCGACCCACCGAUGUCUACAGUGACUGCGGUACCAAUUUCGUUGGAGCCAUGAACGAGAUGAAGGAUGUCAUGAGACUUCUCCUUUCAAAAUCCCAUAAUGACAAGAUUGCAAAUUACAUGUCAACUGAUGGAAUAACCUGGCAUCUAAAUAGUCCUGCCUCUCCCCAUUUUGGAGGACUCUGGGAAGCAGGAGUGAAAUCUAUCAAGUACCACCUCCGCCGAGUGAUUGGCUUGCAACGCCUCAACUUCGAAGAGAUGACGACAGCAAUAUGCCAAAUAGAAGCAAUCCUUAACUCAAGACCCCUCACAGCAGAAUCCACUGAUCCCCAGGAUUUAGCUGCCUUAACGCCAGGCCACUUCUUAAUCGGUGCCCCCUUGACUGCAAUCCCUGAACCGUCACUCGACCACAUCAAGCAAAAUCAAUUAUCCCAUUGGCAACUGCUGCAGCAACUGAUGCAGUCAUUCUGGAAACGCUGGUCUGCAGAAUAUCUCACGCGCCUACAACAACGCCCAAAGUGGAUGGCUGGAAACAAGAAGAUAUCAGUUGGUGAACUGGUACUUAUCAAAGAUGAGAACCUCCCCCCAUUGAAGUGGAAGCUCGGACGCGUUCUCGCCCUUCAUCCUGGACCCGAUUCAAUCGUUCGAGUCGUCACCCUCAAGACAUCCAACGGUGAAAUCAAACGCCCCAUCGUGAAAAUUUGCCCACUUUCCGUACCUUCAUCCGACCCCAAUCAAGACGACGAUUUAGUGCUUACUUUGUAA